CCGGCGACAUCGAGAGUGACGCAGACGUGGACGACGAUGGGGAAGCUCCUAUAGAACCGGACGGGCAUCUGAAGGACAGCUUUAGCCAACGACAUCCCUUGACUUGUCGUCAAAGCAACGCAGCUCGCUGCAGCAGCUGUCGUUCACGGUUUCGUCCAACGGCACAGCGCCGCUGGUACCGCCGGCAUCGAUCCCGACGCCAAACACCUUCAAGAAGGCCAUCCAGUCCCCUUUCAGAGCGAAAUGGAAGGCCGCCAUGGAGAAGGAGAUUCAAAGCCUCCGGGAACACCAGGUGGCUGACCUCGUCACGGUCGACACACUUCCGUCGGGAGCGUCUCCGAUUGGUUCGCGCUGGGUAAACCUCUCUCGUUGCAGCAAGGUAUGCGUGGCCGACCGCUGCUCGACACACCCAACUUUCGGGCUCGACUAGGGCAAGGUUCUCGUGUGCAGCGGUCAUAAUCCGGAUAAGUUAAAGGACGUCAUCAACAUGAGGCGUCGGUCGGACGCAUGCACUGUGUUCCCGGUAAUCGAGAGGGGGCAGGGAAGAUACAAAGUGGAAGGCGCCCCCCUGCGUGGCAACUGCCUCCACAACGAGCAUCCCGAGCUAGCCUAAACGUCCAAGGCAAGGACCGAACACUUUGUAUUGGCCGAGCUUCAGGGACGGAUGCCCGAACUCGAGGACAAUUUUCUCUCGUGGGACUGCCCGUUACCCUGCACAGUUUUACCGAGACAGCCGACAUGUUGUGGC